AUGAGCGCCGGGGAAAGUCCACCAUCUCUACACCGAAGAGAUACGCGAGACAGAGCUAGAGAAGAGGACUCAUACGAACAGACCUUUGCCGACCCUCCAAAAACAAGCCUCCUUCCUGUCAGUAUCGCGUUCAGUAGAAGAGCGUUCGAUGAAGAUAGAAACACCCUUCCACCCUCGGAGCGACUUCGCCGCGCUCGAGCAGGCAAGAAGAGAGUUAGUUUCGUUGAGCCUGACGACGAAGUAAACGACGUUUUGAUCUCGGUCGGCCAAGCAAGCAACGUCAUAUCCGCAUUGGAAGAGCCCAACCAUGUUAGGGUAAGUUUUACUCUGCCCGAGCCACCGCUCUCCAGCGAAGGGGAAUCCUUCUCAGACGACGCACCGUGUGGCACAAACGAAGAUCUACAUACCAGCAUCGACUUUUCGCUCGAGGAAGGCUCCGCUCCGGAUCCUCAGACGUAUGCUUCACAACGUGCUAUAGGUAGUCGUAAGGAGCGGGAAGAUGUCCUAGCAUAA